AUGACUAAUCAACAUGACAACACUCUUGGGAUACUAAUUAAUAAGGGUGACGGAACAUUUCAAACUUCUAAAACUUAUACGAUUGGUCAAAAUCCGAUUGGUGUUAUAGCAGUUGAUUUAAAUAGUGAUAACAGAUCUGAUUUGGUAGUAGCGUAUAUCUACAAUAGCAGCAUCAGUGUACUAUUUAAUAAUGGAAAUAUGACGUUUGGAACUGCCAUGAACUACGCAGUUGGUGCAACACCAUCGUUUAUACUAUCAGCUGAUUUUAAUAAUGAUAAAAAGCCAGAUUUAGCAGUGAGCAAUCAAGGAAAUAGUACCGUUAGUGUGUUGCUCAAUAAUGGCAACGGAAUCUUUGGUGCUAAAAUGGACUAUACCACUGGAAGAUCUCCAGUUUCUAUGGCAAUUGGUGAUUUUAAUAAGGAUGGAAAUAUUGAUUUAGCAGUGGUUAAUAGUGGUCAAAAUACUGUCAGUAUACUGAUUAAUAACGGCAAGGCAGCUUUUAGCAGUGCAGUGUUCUAUAACGUUGAUAAAACUCCGCAAUCUAUAUCAGCAGCUGAUUUCAAUCACGAUGGAAAUAUCGAUUUAGUAGUAGCAAAUAGUGGAAGUAAUACUAUUACUGUGUUAUUUGGUGAUACAAAUGGAGUUUUUGCAUCUCGAGCAACAUAUAAAACUAAUAGUUAUCCAGACAAUGUGUUGUCAGGCGAUUGGAACAAUGAUGGCAAACUUGAUCUAGUUGUAACAAAUGGCAAAUCCAACAAUGUGAUUGUUUUUCAAAACAUAUGUAAAAAAUAA